GUGGCGGCGAGUGUUGGAGUUUUUGCUACUAUAAUAGUACUUAGGGACCCAGGCGCCUAAUUCGUGAAGGCUUGGUUGAUUUCUUUGCAUCGCAAUAGCUUCCAUAUUGUCACCGCCGAAUGCUUCACUCAAGCGCCCCUUGGUCGAUGUUUCAGGUGGUCGGUUUCGGAGCCGCUCGCUAAAGGAAACACCAGGCUGCUACGACGAGGGCCAUUUGGUCAGAAGGCCCAUUCUCUCGUCCUCAACAUCUCAGUCGAUCCAGGAACAAUGUAUUCCAUGACCCAAGGGUCGCCGCGGCGGCCAAUGGCAACACCCGUUAUUGCUCCUAUUCACGGCUCGUCCACUACCACAUACGCGGGCAACACGAUUCCCAUCUCACUCGCUCGGCGUGCAGCUCCCCAUGCUAUUGAAGUGGCGCCUCAUCUGCGCAAAAGAGGAUGGAUUUCGGUCAAGGAAGGCGGCUUUGUAUCGUCUUGGAAGCAGAGAUUCAUGAUGCUGAACAAUGGCUGGCUGGACUUUUCCAAGUCGGAGGACGGCAAGCCCAUAUACACUCUCUACCUCAACGAAAUCACCGAGAUUGGCAGAGCGCAGACACCGGUGCCUACAGUAGAAAUUAAGAGGAAACUGGAUGGCACAUCAUCGAGCCCUGGAGAGAAGGAGGGAUCGUUUAAAGUGCUGCAGCUGAGGACGAAGACAGACGAGGCGCUCUACGACUGGAUGGACUUUAUUCACAUGGCUUGUCCUGAUCUUGGAGGAGUCAGCAAUCCAACGAAUUUUUGCCAUGGCAUUCAUGUUGGCUUUGAUCAAGGCACGCAGGAGUUUGUUGGUAUGCCUAAGGAGUGGAUGCAGCUCUUGAGCGCGUCUGCCAUCACUAAAGAAGACUAUGCUCGAAACCCGCAGGCCGUCAUCGAGGCCAUUGACUUCUACACAGACUUGACAAACAAAUCAAAUCACGGAAAUGAAUAUCUCGCUCUCGCUCCGACAACAAUGGCCCGAAUUGACGAAGAGAAGGCCCUGCCAGAUCCUCAUUUUCGCCGCCCAAGUCCACGCCAACCUUCGCCGCCACGUCAGCCCGUCUUUCAUGAGCUGUCGGGAGCAAACCCUCUCCCAAGUACAACACGACCUGUUAUGGCCCCAUCAGCACAUCGACACGAGGGGGGAGUGCCACCCGCUGCGCUGGAUGCUCGCCCGUUACAUGCUAUGCGUCCUGCGCCGUCCGCGCCGAGGACUCCUCUUGUUCCACCACCGAUGCAAUCAUACAAGCAGCCAUCGCCGCCUUUGCGACAAGAGUCACCGAGAUACCCAACCGAAAAGGUACAAGAAACCAGAUAUGAGCCUAGUAUGAUAUCUGAGCCAUCGCCCCCACUGCAAUACGAUGGCUCAGCGCCAUCACCAGAUAUCAAGCCAGCGGAGGUUAGCCCGUUAGAAGUCAAGCCUCUGAACCUCAAGUCAGCAGAGGUCAAGCCAUUACAGCCGAAACCGCUGCAAGUAAAGCCACCUCCUUCAAAACGACCUCCUUCGCCGAAGGAACCUGCCGAAAAGGUCGAAAACAAGGUCACGCCAAUUCCUAUCCCCUCCCAACGACGACACGGGCUGCAGCCAAAGAGAACUUCCGAGGACGAGGUAUAUGCGAAAUUGCGAGAGCUCGUUUCUGCAGACGACCCUAACGAGUCCUACUCGCGGCAAAAGAGGAUUGGCCAGGGUGCGUCGGGUUCUGUAUACGUUGCUAAGAUUAAGCCAACCGCCGUAGGCAUGGCGCGAGAAGUGGUAAAGGAGCGUGGUCCAACGGCGCAAGUCGCGAUUAAAGAAAUGAACUUGGCUCGACAGCACCGCAAAGAACUCUUGAUUGACGAGAUUCUCAUUCUACGGGAGAGCAGGCAUCCCAAUAUCAUCAACUUUUUAGAAGCGUUUUUGAUCAACGAGGGCAAGAUGCUCUGGGUUGUCAUGGAUUUCAUGGACGGUGGUGCCUUGAACGAGGUCAUCGAUAACAAUCCCAAUAUCCCAGAAAGGCUCAUUGCCACCAUUUGCAGAGAGACAUGUAAGGGUUUACAGCAUUUGCAUUCGCGGCGCAUCGUGCACCGCGACAUUAAAAGCGACAACGUUCUCAUGGAUGGAAACGGAAACAUUAAAAUUACCGACUUUGGAUUCAGCGCCCAGCUCACCGAACGCCGAUCUAAGCGUGCCACGAUGGCCGGAACAACAUACUGGAUGGCCCCCGAGGUGGUCAAGCAGAAGAAAUACGGCUGCAAGGUCGAUGUCUGGUCUCUGGGCAUCAUGGCCAUUGAGAUGGCCGAGAUGGAGCCGCCGUAUAUGGAAAUGGAGCCUAUGAGAGCGCUCUUUGUCAUUGCAGCAGGCGACACACCGCCGCUGCGUAACCCGGACAAGCAUAGCGCUAAGCUCAAGGCCUUCUUCGACACAUGUCUCCAAGUCGACGUUGACAAGAGAGCCACGGCGGACGAACUGCUCGACCACGAGUUCCUGGCGUGCGGUGGAAAGCCGUCUGAGCUUGCGUCGCUCCUUGCAUUCAAGACUGAGUCACUGUAACACAGUGCAGCAUAUCUCUACACUGGACUUUUGAGGCGUUUUGUUCAUCUUUUUUCUUUCAUACAGCGGUUGAUUCUACCCGACGGUGGUUUUGUUCAGGAUCCGGAUAGCAUCAUCAUCUUCCACAUUUCUUGCAUAUAUACAGAUACAUAUAGCUAGCAUUGCAUUACAUUGUAAUCCUUUUAUUUCAUUAUAAACGUGUGUCAGUAACGUCUAUUUGCCUGAUGCGCCCUCUCCGCCCUGCGAAAAGUUGACGCUAUAUCCACCCGUCGCCUCAUCCUUGACCAUUUUGAAGUUAUCCGUGCUCAGCCCAAACGGCUUCAGAAUACCGUCUCCCAGGCCCUUGAGCUUCCCCCACAUCUCGCCUACCUCCUUCUCCUGAGCCGCCUUAGACCGCGGCGGAAGUAAUCGUAGUUGUGUCUGAACGGUGCGCCGGUCCGCGGGCGUCAAGGACUCAGGGUUCUGCGCAAGCGUCUUGUAGUCUUCCUCUGCACCAGCAAGGUUCUGCCAGCCUCCUGCUUCGGAGCGGGCACGGGCGCGGCGUAGAAGUGCUUUUGUACGGAUGCGCUGGAUGUCGGCUUUUUGUGAGAGCAGCGCUAGAGAAGCCUCUUCAUCGGCUGUGUCGGGGAGCUCGACGACGCCGGAUGCAUCUUGGUCCGCGGGCUGGUUUGCAAGUAGCGGGGUUUCGGAUUGUAGCUUGGUUAAGAGGUCGAGGGAGGCUGUGGCUGCUUUUAUGGCUUCUUUCCAUUCUUCUAGCUUGAGAUGCGAUGCGGAAACGUUGCUUUGUAGAACUGCGCGGGGGAAGUGAAGGUAGUUUGGGCAGGAUUGUAGGGCCUCUUGGUACUUGGUAAUGGCGUCCUGGUACUUGCCGGCACCGAAGAGAUCGUUUGCUUCUGAUUUUAAGGAAUUUGAUUCGUCAAGAAGUGUCUUGGAGAGGC